AUGAGAAAAAAUUUUAUUAUCUUGGCACUACUAAUAGCCAUAUCGUAGUAAUCCUUCACCUUCAUAGAUUAAACAAAUUUCUACAAACAAUUAGAACCCUUAACAGAUUUUUAUUCCGAAACUGGAUAUGUAGGUGUAAAUGACCUAGAAAAUGGAAACAAUUAAUUCUUUUAUCAUUUGUUUUUGAAGGAAGGCAUUUCAAAAUUGUCUGAUGUUAAAAAGGAUGAUAAUUUUAUCUUAUGGUUGAAUGGUGGACCAGGAUGCGCAUCCUUAAUGCAUAUUUUCCAAAAUGUUGGGCCAUAUCAUGCUUAUAAAAAAGGAGACAAAGAUUACUCAGUCAAAAAAGGAUUAAACACUUGGAACAAAGUAGCUCAUGUUAUUUUUAUUGAUUAACCUUUUGAAGUAGGACUGAGUUAUUCAAACCCACAUCGAAAUGUUGGAAGUUCAGAUUUAGCUGGAUUGUACCUGGUGGAGUUCUUUAGAAUAUUUUUUUAAUAAAGGCCACAAUUUAAACAAACUAAAUUCUAUGUCUUUGGUGUUAGUUAUGGCGGUCACUAUGUUCCAGCAGUUGGAGCUGCAUUAGCAAAAUCAAACUUAGAGAUGAAUUUUUAAGGUGUUGCUAUUGGAAAUGGUUGGACAGAUGCUUUCUUAUAAUACCAAAGUUAUGCACCAAUGCUUUAUUCUCUAGGUAUUUUCAAUGAACAGAAGAAAACCUUUACUGAAAAUUAAAUGGCUAAAGCAUAAGCCGAUGUCUUAAAUGGAUAAUACUUGAAAUCCACUUUUGAUGGAUUCGCAGGAAUAUUUUAUAUUCUCACAAAAUUCACAGGAUAAAUAAGUCCCUAUGAUUAUUAAGAUUAUUUAAAUGAAGGUUUUGGCGAAGAUUUGUUCACAGAAUUCAUUAAUCAGCACAGAAAAUAAUUUGGUGCUCCAGAUGAUCUAAUCUAUUAACCAUGCAAUCCUGAAGUUGAAAAAAAUUUUGAAGUUGAUAUUUCAGUUACACAAAAGACUAAUGUAGAAUUUCUUUUAAAUCAAGGAUACAAAGUUAUGAUAUAUCAAGGAUCAAGAGAUAUUAUUUGCAAUACUCCUUCUAUAAAUUAUGUCUUGAAUUAAUUGGAGUGGAAAGAUAUUUAUGAAUGGAAAAAAUAAACAAAAUACUCAUUUAAAGCCAAGAGAGAAGACUUUGAUGUAGAAGAAACAGCAGGAACAAUUAAAAAAUAUAAAAAUUUCUAUUAUGCCACAAUAUAUAAUGCAGGACACAUGGCUCCAAACAAUUUGCCAAUUGCAUCAUUAAAAAUGGUUACUCACUUUUUAAAUGAUGAUGAUAUUUGGAAUUGA